GCUGUUGUGUAUACAUAUAGUUAAAAAUGACGUUGUGGUUUCAAUAUUGAUAAUGUCAAAUUCACUAGCAAUUAUUUGGUUUCAAUAAGAAAGAUGGCGAACUGGUUUCCUUCUGAAGGGUUAGAAUAUAAACCUGUCUAUGAGGCUGAUUGUAUCGAACAAGCGUGCAAGCAAUUACGCGACCUCUUUGGUCCACACUUCAUACACCAUUAGUUGAUUUUCUUGGAAGGUUUGAAAAUGGAGACGCUUGUUUCUAGCUGGUCUAAUGGCCAAUCCUUGCCAGAAAAUUAUGUUUUCCCACCAGAAGAGAGACCUGGGAAGUUCAUUCAUCCUCCAUGCAAGGCAGUUCCAGUUAUUGAUCUUGGAAAAUCAGCAGAUCAUGAUCAUCGAGACGAUAUAGUUCAGCAAAUUUUGAAAGCCAGCCAGGAAUUCGGAUUCUUUCAGGUGAUCAACCAUGGAGUUGCAGGAGAUUUGACAGAUGCUGUGAUGAGCAUGGCCAAGGAAUUUUUUGACAUGCCUAUUGAAGAUAGAGCAGGCUUCUACUCAGAUGAUACCAACAAAAGCUCCAGGCUGUACACAAGCAGCUAUGGCUAUGCCAAAGAAAAGGUUCAUUAUUGGAGAGAUAGUCUGAGACACCCUUGUCACCCAGUCGAUGAUUGGAUGCAGUUUUGGCCUGAAAAGCCAGUAGGCUACCGGGAGGUUGUUGGCAGAUAUUCAGUGGAAGUGGAGAAGUUGGGGUUGAGGAUUUUGGAUAUGAUUUGUGAAGGACUCGGGCUAGAAUUUGGGUAUUUUGGAGGUGAGCUGAGCAAAAGUCAAACAUUCUUAGUGAAUCAUUACCCGCCUUGCCCUGACCCAAGUUUAACUCUAGGAGUACCUAAGCACAGUGACCCUAACCUCAUAAACAUUCUUCUCCAAGGAGAUGUGCAUGGGCUUCAAGUGUUUAAGGAUGGACAAUGGGUGGGUGUUGAGCCUCUUCCUAAUUCAUUCGUGGUGAACGUAGGGCUCCAAUUACAGGUUAUAAGUAAUGGGAAGUUAGCAAGUGUCAUGCAUCGAGCGGUGACAAAUGCCGCUAAUGCUCGGACAUCCAUUGUCACCAUCCUUGCUCCUUCAGAUGAUUGUGUUGUGGAACCUGCAAAAGCUUUGGUUAAUAGUUGCAAUCCACCAGUCUAUAAAGCCUUCAAAUACAACAAUUUUCGCAGCACUUAUAUAGCCAAGGGUGGUGACCCAGAAGCAACACUGGAAAGUUAUAGGUUCCAAGCUUAAGUCAAUGUUGUGGGUUGUUGAUCCCACCCCCCCCCCCUUCCCCCACCCUCUUCCACCUCUCUCUCUCCUUUGGGUGUUUGAUGAGAAUAAUUGUGAUGCAUAUGGAACAUGGUCAUUGGUGUGGUACUUGUUUGAUGAGAAUAAUUGUGAUGCAUAUGGAACAUGGUCAUUGGUGAGGUACUUGAAAACUUAUAGUACAGCCGCGAUGCUACUAUUUUCUUGUAUGAAACUUGUUUCGUGUUAGUGAUAUGCAAUGUUCACCAUUGAUCUAAAGAAA